UCGGAGAUGGUGAGAGGGUAUAAGAAUAUAUAUGUAUAGAAGCGAUUGUGUCUUUAAGGGGGAAUUCAGUCCGGAGUUUUUGCCCUCCUUUUUCGUCCUUCUUUGGCGGGGUGUGGGAUGUCGGAUGUUGGAUGUGGGAUGGGUGUGGGUAGAGUAGGUAGUAGAUGGAAGGGUGGAAAGAAAGAGCAGAGAUGUGGAGGUGGCUUGUUUCUCGAUCCUUUCUCCUUCCGUUCUUUCUCUCUUUCUUUCCUUUCCCUCGCUUUCGUCCUUGGCGAUGUCGGUGCGUUGUGUCGUGUGCGACCAGCAAGGAUACCAAGGUUAUCGUGUGGUUAUGCUGGUGGUUGUCGUCGCCCUCGUUGCCCUCGUCACCGUCGUCGCCGUCGUCGCCGUCCUCGCUGACUCAAUAAUCAUCGAAACAACAUUCCACCAAGUCAUCCUACCAGCGAUCCCAUCUUGCCCUCCCACUCCUCCCCUACCAUCUCCUACCACCUCCUACCAUCUCCUACAUCCUGCAUCACAAAUCCAAAUCCAAAUCCCAUCUCCGACCUUCAGCACUCCAUCCGCUCCGCGACGUGAUGCGUUUACCCACCACUACUACUACUUCUACUACUGCUGCUCCUCCUUGCGUAGGGUUACUGGGCAUGCUGACCGUGGGCGUGCGUGUGGGUGUGGGUGUGCGCGUGGGUGUCUGGUGCUGCGGGAGAAACAGUGCCGGACGGGUGCGGCGAAUCCGGAAUCCCAUUUCCCACGCCUAGCUCGUGCAUGCGCAUCGGGGCCGGCAUCGGGGGCGGAGAUGAAGGGGUAGUUGUCCCGGUAGUCAUCGUCGACGCAGUCGUCGUCGUCGUUGCCGUGGUCAUUGUCGUGGGAGCCGGUGAGACUGGUACGGGGACUGGUACGGCGGGUAUCUGGGCCUCGAAGAAAGGGUGUGCAGGUCCGGGGAUUGCUGGUGCUGGUGAUGGGGAGGGGUGGGUUUCGGGUUGGGAGUGCGAUUGGGAGUGCGAUUGGGGGUGCGACUGGGACGGGGAGGAGGAGGAGGAAGGAGGGGAGUGCAGGAUUUGGAAGGGGGUGAGGCGGAUGGGGGGGAUGAGUAUGGACAUUUUUUCUUUCUUUCUUUUUUGGUUUGGUGUGUGGUGUGUGGUUUGUGGUGAGAUGGUUGUUGAGUUGAGUUGAGG